AUGGAUGGCUGCGUCGACCCCCACUGCGUGCUUUGCACUCUGGAAAUGAAAGAUGGCGAUGCGAUCGUUUUCGUCCCGUCGAAGGAAGACCCGUGUUCUCGAGAGGGUGGCCUGGCACUGGCAUGCCACUUGGCCUGUGCAGAACUGGGCCUGCCAUCAUUAGGAACCUGUAGGGUGAUGGUUUGGGACCCUGGGUUUGAAGAGUCGAUUGCUCGGACGACUCACCUCAAGCGCCAAUUGGCACGCACUAGCGUCUCGACGCUCGAUUUAGCGCGAUGGACUUUGCAAGCUGAAGAUGAGAUAACUGAAGCUUCGAGUGGCGAAGUGACAACUUCGUCCUGCAUAUGGGCAAACUACGUGACGCUGCAUGGUGAAACGUACGUGUCCGCUCUAAGCAACGAACCGGCAGAGGAACUUGUAUACGAUACCGAGACAACAUCGGCAGCUGACGUCAUUUACAUUGCACGUGGUCCUCUGGGCGUGAAGAAAGGACUCAAAAUUCGUAACCUCCGGACCGACCAGCAUGGAGAUUUCCAACUCCCAUUGUGGUCGGCCCCGUUUUUCCGACCGGGGCUUGUCCGAUUUCCUCUAUACCCAUCGUCAGGGCCAGCUAGAUUCAAUCGUCUUACGAUUAAUGACUCGGGCACGACGGGCUACUCAGUGGCAUGGAACCCUGCUCGCCGAGCGCUUCGCAUUGCCAGGCACACAGCCUUGGACGACGUGUCUUGCUACGCCAAUAUGACGGACGACACCACCACAUGGCUGCACAUUCCUAUUAGUCGCGGCGAGCUCCUGGGCGAGCUGUGGCGUCGUGAUUGCUACCUAUAUCGCCGAAAAAUAGUUGAUCUAAUCAUAGUGACUACAGCGGGCCGCGUACAUAUAUUAGGACAUCAUCCAACGCCAGGUCAAGCGUACACGUAUUCCCUCGUUGCAAAACUUCGAGGUCAAAGGGAUUACCUUUUCAUCGACGAUUCGGCCGGAAUACGCGAACUGGCUCUGACUCCAGCACCAGAAGAAGUCAAUGAGACACGUAACUUGCGCAUACCGGCACCUGAAUCGUGCUACCCGGCGAUAACUUCGGUUGAGGGCUAUUUUUAUACGUUUGCGCCUCUUAAAAACCUCGACUUUAUCAAGAUAUGCAAUUUUGACGGCGUUGUUACAGGCUUGCUUUUACAUUACCACGACGGCUCGCGAGCAAGCGUGGGGCAAGUUAGACUAGACUGGUUGGGAGCGGAGCAACAAGUGCCUAACAAAGCGACUAUCAGAUUCGCCAUAUCACGAACAACUGAUCAAUGCCCGUAUGUCAGCAGUGUCCUGGUAUUUGUGGCACGUUCAGCGAGGAACUUCUUUCCCGCCAAAUCAGACUUGGACUUCGAGGUUACCUGUUAUGGCAACCUGGAAUGGUGGUUCACGAGACGACAGUGUCAGCUCGCACAUACGGGGUACACUAGUGCAUCAACACGACUAUAG